GGAGGGACGCAAACGCGGAAGCCGCCGAGCAGCCAAGGGAGCCGCCGCCGCCGCCGCCAGCAGCAGGAGCAGCCGGCUCGCGGGGUCGGGGCGCUGCCCGCCUUCGGUGAUGCAAGGCCUGCUGCUGCGGUGAUCCAGAGAUGAGUUCAAAAAAGGAUGCACGCUUUCGCACACAAAUUAGUGUUGAAGAAGCUGCCAUUUCUGCUGCUGCUGGAGACGAGAACAAAGUAGCUGAGCAAAGAUCCGGCCCAGAAGGAGAUGUUUGCACAAGUCCUGGCAUCACAGCCCUGACUGACAACACGAAGCGGUUUAGACUAAGUGGGAGCCAGGAAAAGGCCACCCAGGAGAGUCCUGGGAUGUCGCAGCAAAAGGCAAGGAAAGCAACUGGUUCUUCUGCUGCCACAGAAGAGAAACGGAAAAAAAGUACUUUUCUUUUGACGUUUUCUAAAAGCAAAAAGGAAAAAUACUCUACCAAUGACAAAACACCUCCGGCGAGUGCAAGCAGUGGCCACAAAGGGAAACCUGCCCUCACGGUCAAGGAAGGCUCCUCAUCUUGUGCAAAGAGGGCUCAGACAGCCUCAAAAGAAUGUCAGCCCCAGCAAGAUCACGGGGACAAGGGUGAAGAAAAGCAACCUGCGCCCGUCGUCAUUGUCUCUAUGGAGUCCUCUGUAGACUAUGAAGAGGACAUGUACCGUGAUGCAGAAGAAAUAGAGAGAGAGAAAGUAUUACUUGAGUGUGGGACAGGCUUCUCAGAAAAUAAGUUAAGCGUUGCACCAGAAGUAUACAUCAUGGAUUACUGCCAAAAGGAAUGGAGAGGAAACACUUCCCACGCCAAAUGUAUCAGAAAGGGCUAUGAAGCAGUUUCACACAAAUUUAUUUCAAUAAGAAGAGUGCGAGGAGAUAAUUAUUGUGCUGUCAGGGCAACAUUGUUUCAAGCACUUAGUCAAGCUAAUCAGCUUCCUGACUGCCUCCGGGAUGAGGACAUCAUGUCGCUGCCAGAGAAGCUGAUCGUCAAAUAUGACUGGAUUACACAGUGGCAACUCAGACAAAGGUGGACCAGAAAAGUGGAAAACUUGAUAGAUGAAAUAAAAGAAUGUCUGGUGCUGCUGAGGAGAAAGUGGCAACUUGUGAGUGAAAUAAAGACCUUUGCAGAGAGACAAGCAGCUUGUGAUGAGCUUUUUAAAGGCGACGAGGAUGAAUACAGUCUGUAUGAAGCUGUGAAAUUUCUCAUGCUAAACACUGCGAUCAGAUUAUAUGAAGACAACGAGAGGGGAGAGGAGGUCCCUGUCUUCUCCUGGCUUCUGUUUGCUCGGGAUACAUCCAGCAAUCCUUCCCAGCUAAUGGAAAACCACUUGAAUCAGCUUGGUCACACCGGCGGCCUUGAACAAGUGGAGAUGUUUCUCUUGGCCUAUGCUUUGCAGCACACCAUCCAAGUCUAUCGACUCUACAAGUACAGCACAGAUGAAUUCAUCACCCUUUAUCCGAAUGACCCAGAAGAGGCCUGGCCGGUGGUGACCCUUAUAACGGAAGACGACAGGCAUUAUAAUAUUCCCUUUAGAAUGUGUGAAGAAACCAGUGUGUAAAACCCUUUUUUAAAAGAUUAUAAAUUGAAUAAAUCAUUUAGCAGCA